UGCUCCUCUGCCGGCUGGCUGUGUCGGUCCGAGAUGCUCUCCCCCAACCUGAGUGUGAAUUGCAGCGAGGGCAGCCAGGGGCUGUGCGGGCACAGGCUGCCUCUCUCUCCUCAGCAGCCGGCUCCAGGCUUCACCCUGAGCGCCAACGGGCACCUGGUCGCCGCCCUGUGCCUGGGCAGCAUCGGGCUGCUGGGUUUCACCAACAACUCGCUGGUGCUGCUGCUCUUCUGCCGCUUCAAGGCGCUGCGCUCUCCCGUCAACCUGCUGCUCGCCAACAUCUCGGUGAGUGACCUGCUGGUCUCCACCCUGGGCACCCCGUUCAGCUUCGCCGCCAGCGCCCGGCAGCGCUGGCUCAUCGGGGAGCUGGGCUGCAUCUGGUACGGAUUCGCCAACACCGUCUUCGGCACUGUAUCAUUGAUAUCAUUGGCUAUACUUUCAUACGAUCGUUAUAUUACUAUCACUGGAGCCACAGAAGCUGACAAGGCAAAUUACAACAAAGCCUUUGCAUGGAUUUCAUUUUCUUGGAUCUACUCAUUGAUAUGGACAUUGCCCCCUCUAUUUGGAUGGAGUCACUAUGGUCCUGAGGGACCAGGAACCACAUGUUCUGUGAACUGGUAUUCAAAAGAUGCAGCCAAUGUAUCCUACAUUGUGUGUCUCUUCGUCUUCUGUCUGGUCAUCCCCUUUCUGGUGAUUAUGUAUUGUUAUGGAAAGAUACUGAUGACAAUGAGGAAGGUAAGAGUAAGCAAUUCCACAAGACGUGCAAGAGAGCAUAAGGUUUUGCUCAUGGUGACUUUAAUGGUGGUCUGUUUCCUGCUCUGCUGGCUACCUUAUGGAGUUGUAGCACUCGUGGCUACUUUUGGACGUCCUGGUCUGGUCUCUCCAGCUGCCAGCCUUAUCCCUUCGAUCCUUGCCAAAAGCAGCACUGUCUACAACCCCAUUAUCUAUAUCUUCCUAAACAAACAGUUUUACAGAUGUUUCAAAGCACUGCUGAUCUGUCAGAGUUCACCUGUUAGUACAAGCACCAAAAGUAUAUCGAAGACUACAAAGAAUAGUCGCGAUAAUCGAAGGAAGAACACCAACUUCAUAAAAGCCUCAGUUGCUCAACACACAUCUGUCAAUAAACACCCAUCAGAUGGCAUGAAAGAUAAAGGCAACAACACUUCAAGUGAAAAUGCAAAGCCGCUGGUAUCUCUAGUGGUACGCUAUAAUGACUGAUCAGAUGGAAACCUCUGAUGGCAAUUCCAUGGUGUUUAACAUUGCUUUGUAAUAACCAGAUUUCCCAUGAAAAUUAGUGCAAUCCCAGAUGGUGACAGAUAAAGAGUCUAUAAAUCAAUACAGGUGAAAUUGAUUUUGUCUAUGAUAGUUGAAGAGUAUAAAAGGAAACAUUGUGGACCAAGGAAACAUCUGGAUAUUAAGGAUCGAAUAUUGACUGACUCUCCAAUUCCAGGUUAAACAGUAGAUUCACUUUGUCUGGUUCAACUUUUCACUGUGCCUUGGUACACGUGACAAUAAAUACAAUUCAAUUCAAUUCAAAGGUGUGCAAUCAAAAUGUAAGUUAUCACACUGGUGUUUUAUAAAGUAAUGAAUACCAUGGAGUUUUAAAAAUAGACAUUAUCAAAAAGGAAAACUGGAUAAUUUUUUUUUAAAGUCAGACUUUGGACCUAUCCAAAGUUUGUACAAUGGUUUCAUACAUUGUGUUUUGUAGGAAUAAAUACAUGGCAUGAAAUUCCUCCACCUAUUUACUUAGAGGCAUUAGCUCAUCAAUAAUAAACAGUCUAAAACCUUGAUUAAAAUGACCAGCCUUGGGAACGUGAGAAACCUGUUUUACAUUCACAUAUUUUCAAACAUAACUGUAAAGAAAAUUACAUACAAGAUGACAAAAAUUGCAUUUCUAUGGUAAUGAUUUGUAGUAAUAUUGGCACGUGGACUUGAUAUUGUAUCUUGAAAGCACAGCUGACAUUGUUUUUCAAACUAAUGUCAAAAGCUGAAACAAGAGUCAACGGAGUGUCUAAUACUAGCUUCACUGAAAGAUGACAUAAUAACGUAAGCAACCUUACUAUUGCCUCUUUGCUGCAUUAGUACAACCUGUUAUGUUAAAUCUAUUUAUUUUAGAAGUAGCUGGGCAGAGAAGAAAAUUAUACUUUAUACAAUUCAUUCAGCUGCAUUUUUCCUAUCGGAAAAUAGAGUCAUAGAGACAUACAGAUGUACAGCACAGAAACAGACCUUAGGUCCAACUUGUCCAUGCUGACCAGA